AUGUCGUUCAAGUACGAGUUUGCCCGCUACAUCAAGAGCCCGGGCUCGUGUCCGGGGCUGCUCUUCCACGACGACAACGCACUUAUCAUCAAGGACCUGUAUCCCAAGAGUCUGGUGCACUAUCUCGUGAUUCCCGUAGAGAAAACUCUCGAGAGGCCUCAGGAGGCCUUUGCAGACGACGAGUUCCGGAAAAAAAUGGAGAAAUACAUCGACAAGGCGCGCGAAAUGGUGGUAGCCAACUGGCCGCAGCACUAUACCGUUCCUGGUGGCGAAAUAGCAGACUACAUCCAGGUGUGCUGCCAUUCGGUCCCGUCAAUGGCUAACUUGCACAUCCAUGUGAUGACCAAGGACCUGUGCAGCGAGCGGGUGAAAAAUAAAAAACACUACAACAGCUUUGCCACGUCGUUUGCGAUCCGGUGGGACGAGUUCCCGCUCGCAGCAGACGACCCCCGCUGGAACGAGGAGUACUGCAAGUCGCUGCUCAAACAGGACCUGGUGCACGGAGGAAUUAACUACGGCAGCUCUUUCAAACGGCUGCGGGAGGAAUUGGACCGCAAACGGGCCCGCAUCGUCUACGCGAAAAAACGCAGGGUGUCGCACUAG